AUGAGGCUGCUUGGAUCAGUCCUUCUUAUGCUUGCUUCUGUUGGAGCGAAGGAGAAGAUGCAACCUUCGUCUCAAGUGAUUUUUAGGGAUACUGCGGAAUUUUGGGUUCCGUGGGCCAAAGAUCUUUCUACAAGAGAUCCCACGCGUCCGAUAGUUGAUAUACCCUGUUUUAUUUGCACUUCAAUUUUCAACUCUUUGGUUGAGGAUCUCAACCAAGGAUUCACGACUGAAGAUAUUAUCAAUGCACUCAUCCCAGUUUGCUCGACGUUUUUGUAUGAAGAAGACAUCUGCCGAGGGAUACUGGAAGCCACUGUGUUGACUCUGGGAUGGGUAUUGAGCAAUCAUUCGGUGAAUAUGGAUCACUUCUGUGCCUUCGCAAUUGGUUCUUCAGACUGUACCAUUAGCGAAGACGUGAAUAGCCUGUGGACCGUCCCGAUUCCCGACGUUGCAAAGCCCGUGACGGAGACUGUCGUAGUUCCGGAAGGAGUUCCAUUGUUGAAAAUUCUCCAUUUUGCUGAUGUUCACCUGGACUUGUUGUAUGAAGUUGGGUCUGAAGCGAAUUGCGGGAAGCCCCUUUGUUGUCAGUCAACUAGUGGACCCGGCUUGGAUGUUCUUGCUGGCAUCUUCGGUGCUUACGAACCUUGCGAUACUCCACAGAACGCUAUUGAUGAUGCGUUUCAGCACAUUCUUGCCACACAUCCGGACCUUGAUAUGAUCAUUUUUACUGGAGACAUUCCGCCUCAUGAUCUAUGGGCUCAAAGUGUGGAGUCAAACUUGGCUGCAAUCGCUCAAUUUUACGACACAAUGGUCACUUAUUUCGGGGACAAGGCGGUGCUCAUGGGGCUGGGUAACCACGACCCUCAUCCAUGUAAUGUUUUCUCAUUUGCUGAACUCGGGGAACCCGCUGAGUUGUCAACGAAUUACAUUUACGAUGACGCGUGGGAGAAUUGGAAACAUUGGCUGCCUGCGGAUCAAGAAGCGAAUGUGCGCAAAACUGGGCAGUACUCGGUGUCACCCCGUCCUGGAUUACGCGUGCUCGUUUUCAAUAAUCUCCUGGGAUAUGUAAACAACUGGAUGGUAUGGUCUGGAAUUCCUGAUCCAAAUGCCCAACUCGAGUGGCUUGCCGGUGAAUUGCAACUUGCAGAAAACGCAGGCGAGAAGGUGUUCCUUAUUGGCCAUAUACCACCGGGUUCUCGUGAUCUCACGCCAGUUUGGAGUCAUAACUUCAAUAGGAUUGUGAACCGGUACGAGAACAUAAUCAAAGCCCAGUUUUAUGGACACACCCAUUGGGAUGAAUUCAAUGUAUUCUUCAAUGAAGAGGGACUACCGUCGAAUGUGGCCUAUAUCACACCCAGCUUGACGACUUACGAGUAUUUGAAUUACGGUUACAGAAUAUUCUAUGUCGAUGGAGCUCGGGAAGCUGACUCGACUUGGGCGGUCGUGGAUCACGAAACAUGGAUUUACCAGUUGGAUGAAGCAAAUAAUGAAGGCAUGACAACAUGGUUCAAAGCAUAUUCGAUGUUGGAGGAAUUCCGUAUGUCGGACUUGUCUCCUACGUCGUACGCGUCUCUUGGUGCUUCACUCGCAACUGAUGACGUUGUAUUCGACAAAUAUUACAGGCAUUACUGGAAGAACUCUCCUGUGAGACCAGUGUGUGAUGCGGAGUGCAGAGCGACACUCGCGUGUGACUCUUUGACGUCAGAUGUCAGUGAUACUUCUCAUUGCGUUGCCUGAUUUGUACGAAUGCCAGUUCAUUGAGAGAGAUGCACGAAUAUUCUGGAAAAA